GGAGGUUUCGUAGCGGAGCCCUCUGGCUGAGCGUCUGAGGAUCCGCCGCCGGAUCCGCGGACGGUUUAGUGAGCCCGUUAGUGCCCCUGCCGAGACUCACGUCGCCGUCAUGUCCCGCUACCUGCGCCCCCCCAACACGUCUCUGUUCGUAAGGAACGUGGCCGACGAUACCAGGUCCGAAGAUUUACGACGAGAAUUUGGUCGUUAUGGUCCUAUAGUUGAUGUGUAUGUUCCACUUGAUUUCUACACGCGUCGUCCAAGAGGAUUUGCUUAUGUUCAAUUUGAGGAUGUACGUGAUGCCGAAGACGCUUUACAUAAUUUGGACAGAAAAUGGAUUUGUGGACGCCAAAUUGAAAUACAGUUUGCACAGGGGGAUCGGAAGACUCCAAAUCAAAUGAAAGCCAAGGAAGGGAGGAAUGUGUACAGUUCUUCACGCUAUGAUGAUUAUGACAGAUACAGACGUUCUAGAAGCCGAAGUUAUGAAAGAAGAAGAUCAAGAAGCCGGUCCUUUGAUUACAACUAUAGAAGAUCUUAUAGUCCUAGAAACAGUAGACCGGCUGGAAGACCACGGCGUAGCAGAAGCCAUUCCGACAAUGAUAGAUUCAAACACCGAAAUCGAUCUUUUUCAAGAUCUAAAUCCAAUUCAAGAUCACGGUCCAAGUCCCAGCCCAAGAAAGAAAUGAAGGCUAAAUCACGUUCUAGACCAAACUGCAGCUGGAAUACCCAGUACAGUUCUGCUUACUACACUUCAAGAAAGAUCUGAGAAAGCGGAAAAAGAACCAAAGAAGGGCAGUUCAAGCGACCAAAGGGUGGGUGGAAGGUGCUGCAGUAUGAAUACUGUACGAAUAUUUUGACUCUGGUCUGAAAAGAUAAAAGAAUGUUAUCGAAACUACAUGGAAUAAUUGAAGUCCCUUCAAGUUUGAAAGUAAGCAUUUUAGGACAAAUAAAAAGAAAUUCAACUUUGUACUUGUGGAAACUAAUCCCUAAAUCUGAAUAGGUUUAUAUUGAUUCGUGGGUAACAGGUCCAUAAUAAACUAUUGGAAACUAGGAUGUUUGAAUAUCAAGGAAGACAGCCAUAGUCUCUUACAGUGCCUCUAUUGGUCUGUCUCAAACUGAAUUGGGUGAGAAAAGGUAUGGUCCAAUAUAAACUUUUUCUUGGUUAUCUCUUAAAGUCAGUUCCAUUUUCGCUAUUGGCAAAUCUUGCCUUUGUUUAUUCCAGUGCCAGUGUUUUUCUGCUUAAUGGUUUGCUUUGUUGGCAUCUGAGUUUAUUUACUUGUAUGCCAUGUGCAGUUUACAUCUUACACUCUCUUUUCCAGAUAAAUUCCAAUUAGAAUACUUGACAUCUAGCUAAGAGGGUCCAUCUCUUCUCACCUCUGUCCUAAGUCAGUAUAUUCAGCAAACAUUUAUUUACUGAGCCC